CCUCUCAGCCCCUGAACGACGGUAUCCGAUGGCAAGACCAAGAAAGUCGAUACACUAUGUAUCCCUGUCCAAUGCGGUACACGGGUGCGCACCGACCCUUUUAUUUAUUUACUCCCAAGACACAGCAGCAUGGCGCUACCGCCUUCACAAAGGCGGCCACCCCCAACUAGUCCUAAUUCACUACUACCUCCCAUCCGUAAAUCCCAUCGAGAUCGUCCCACCUCUCUUCAACAAUUCUGUCAGGCACUACCCACUACGACAGAACACGGACCCUCCUAUAUAUGUCAUGGGCGCGCCGCGAAAGGGCGGGUCAAAAAGCCUUCCCACACCCUGCAGAUCCGCAUCAAGGCGGUAUGCCCCAAGUAGGAAUGAACCCACAGGCGAUGAUAGCG